GCACGAAGACUACCGAACGACCCACAUGAGGAGCCAUGUCAGAGGUGCAGGCCAGAGUGUGUAGGAAGUGCAACACUGCCAGACAUGCCGUUGACAAGUUUCUGGUGACUUGCAAACACUGCAAGCGCCACUGGCAUCACUGUGCGUCUGCAUCCUGGUGAUACGUGUGCAUGCUGAAGUUGCAAGGGGUUUCCCAGCUUGUCUGGAGCCUGUCAUAAGCGAAAAAGACCUGAUUGCGUUAAUGAGAGAAAUUAAAAAGGAUCCGUCUCGAGAGUUCGAAGUCUGGUCCUGCCGUCGGUGUGAGCUGCGACACAAAGCGGCGCGCACCACUGUAACGGCAGAUGGCGACAACGAUAUCCAAAUAAUCGAGCCGCCCGCAGAUAUAUCUCGUGGAAAUCUGGACGUAUCUCGAGGGACGUCUUCAGCACGUCCAAGCACCGCAUCGUCUCAAGCGUCAGAUCUGGCGCAGCUCUCUCUGAGUUCAUCUCAUGCUCCCGCAGUUGCUCUACCCGCGGUAGUGGGCGAAUCCAUCCAGUUAGACGAUGAUGACGAUAUCGUCGCGUUGUCAGGUCCGGUCGCCUGGAUGCCUGGGACUGCUCAGCGUUCUGCUCCACAGGAUAUCCGGAUCGCAGAGAAGAUCCCUGAGAGAGUUGAAAUUAUAGACGAACAGAGGAUGCCCACCCCUUCCGUGCCUCGCGCAGCCGGGACUACAUCAUCACACCUACCGCACAGCAUACACGCUGAGAAGGCUCCCACGCAGCCUUCGCAAGCCGCCUUAUCGGCGGGCAGUGCAACCAACACGACGUUCCAAAAAUAUCGGUCACCUUCCAGUAAAUCUGCUGCGGGCCCUAUCAUAUCCCCGGCGUCUCCCCAAAGCACCACCGCUGCCCCAUCCGGCCGUAUGGUAACGAACGAGCCCGGCAUUUCCAGCUCACCCCACAGUUCCUCUUCCAACGUGAACUUUGACAUUCGCGCCCAAAUUGCCCAAAUGCGCGCAGAUGGCCGAUUGAAUCCACCUCCAUCCAUACUUAACGAUAUACUACUUCCCAGGACGUCCGCGGCCUCGUCCAAAACACUCGUUACGCCGCAGUCGGAACCGGAAUCGGGGCGCGCAACUACCGAAGACACGGUGCAUGAGGUUAAGCUGGAGCGACGUGAAAGCACAGAGGACCUGACGAUGCAGAUGCGUUCUGCGAGUGUGAAAGAUUGGCAGUUUGCUUCCAGCUCGCUCCCACUCCUUUUACGCAGAGAGCGCGCUGUGGGCUCCGGAGAGGCUCAAGAUGAAUUAGAUAGAGCUUUGGAGCUGCAGGACCGAAGAGUCACGAACAAGCAAGAAGGUUGUAGAGCAAGGGAAAGAAAGGUCCGCAGCGAGAAAGUGAAGAAACUUGGUCCGAAAGCAAGGGCGAAGAGAGAACAGAAGGAGGUGCAGUGGGUGCUUCCCCAGUGAUAUUCAAUCGAGCAACGUGUACUUGUAGUCUUGAUCUGAAAUCUAUAAAUGCCAAGCCGACACG